GUCGCCUGAGAAGAGAAGAGGAACGUUCAAGACUCGUGACUAAGCCACAGCCGCAAAUUAAAAAAAAAAAAAAAUACACAACAACUGCUAGUAGACAGACAAACAAAAGUCUUCGUUGCCAUUCGCCCGCAGCAGUCCCCGGGCACAGUGGAUUUGUCACCGAAUAGCCAAAGAAAACGGAAAUCAGGAUGAGGCUCACGAGCACAUUGGAGCGCGCAGACUUCACCGCGGCCGGGCACACAUAACACCGGGACGUCCAUUCACGACUUCUCCAGUAAAGGGUUCAAGGAUAUCCCGGAAAGAAAGAGCGCACGAAAUCAAUUUACGUUAAUAUAAUUAAUAUUGGACUGAGGGCAGUCCCGUGGAAAGCGGGCGCGUAAAAGCCAGCGAGGAACGCGCUUUGUUUUUGACCAGAAGAUCUUUUCUUCGAUCUUCACUUCAUUUCCUCCGUCCUUUACUUCAAACUCAUCAUCCAUCGAGAAGAUGAGCCUUUGGAUUUUGACUUCUGCACUUUUGUCAGUCUCCGUGUCAGCUCUCAGAAACGACUCAGUAGCCCCGAGUUCCAACUCUUCCUCUACUGUUCUGAAUCUCUUGGAGAUUCACAGUCCUGUAGCUUGUGGCCAGUCACCACACAAGAGCAGCACAGUGGGCGGGGCCAAUGCCUAUGCAGGGGCGUGGCCUUGGCAGGUGCUGAUAGAGUAUCAGUCUGAGUCUGCAGCAGCCAUUACCAUCUGCGGAGGUUCUCUGAUUGCACGAAGCUGGGUCCUCUCUGCAGCGCACUGCUUCCCUAUAACUAAUAACAUCUCGGGGUACACCCUGUACAUGGGCAGAUACUGGCUUUACCAGCCCACCUUCACUGAACAGGCUCGGACCAUCAGUAAUGUCAUUGGAUACCCAGGAUACCAAUCUGCCGAAUUGGGUGGGAACGUGGUGCUGAUUCAGCUAAGUUCCCCAGUCGACUACACGGACUACAUCCAGCCCAUCUGCCUGCCAUCUCCUGCUGCUCCUUUCCCAAACGGACAGAAGUGUUGGGUGACUGGCUGGGGAAACAUCGACGAAGGAGUCAGUUUGCUGUCUCUCGGGCCACUGCAGGAACUCCAAGUUUCCAUCAUCAGCAUGGCCAAUUGCUCCAUGUUGUACAGUGAUGCCGGGGCACUGGACACCUUCCCGUCAGAUGCGUUCUGCGCUGGGAUCCCACAAGGCCAGAGUAACUUGUGUCUGGGUGAUUCUGGGGGACCCCUGGUGUGCCAGAACAGUGAUGGACAUUGGGUGCAAGCAGGAAUUGUGAGCUUUGGAGUUCCCUGUGCACAACCCAACCUACCAAGGGUCUACGUACAGGUGACGGCUUACAGCGGCUGGAUUCAGCGUCAGGUCACCGGUCCACAGAUUGCUAACAGGGGAGCCGCCCAGGUGCGCGACACGGUGGGCUGCCAGGCUUCUCCAUUUGGACACACCUGUUCCGGUUGUGGCCCUGCUACAAUAAAUAUGAGGGUGGAAUUCAAGCUUCUGAUUUUCCUUGUUUUAACGGCAUUUUCUUAACGUCAGCACCGCACCCUGAUCCAGUGGGGCAAUGGAAUGGGGCAAUGCCAUUUUAGAAUCUCAAUGUGCCCCCCCCCACUCCCUAACCAGGCAUCCUACAUGCCCCUACAAAAAGAUUCCAGCACGCCAGACAGCUUAACUGAACGCCUGAUUGCCUAAAGGUAAUGGAAACGUCACAGACGGCGAGGUUCGCUCUCAAGUCAGUCCUUCACUGUCCUUUAAUUGGCUGAAAAUAACCAUGGAGACUACAGAAGUUCACUCUCUGUCUGUCAACCAUUUUAAAGUGCCCUGAUUGGACGAGCAGUGCUACAAAAUGUUGCUGAUUAGUUCUUGUGAUUAUUUGCGAGCAGACAGGAAAGGAGAAUCUACUUAUUGAGGUGUGAUAGCGUAGUCGGCAUUCACUGCGAACAGUGCCCGUAUUUAUGAAGCGUCUCAGAGUAGGAAAACGAUCCUAAUGUCCUCAACAUUUGAUGCAAAUUUGACCCAACUCUUAGGAGCAAGAGUAAGAGCCCUUUAUCAAUUUUCCUAAAUUAGAAAGCUACCCCUAACUUCAUCAGGAUUUAGGAGAGCUUGUGAGCUGUCUGAAGUCGUGAGGAUCUGCUACAUGAUGGAGACCAGACAAGGCAGAACGUUUUAGAGAUGGUGGACAACAAUAACCUCAUUAUAGGAUAUCGAUCUGACAGCUCCAUUCAAGGCUACCGGCACUACUAGGGCGUUAUAGACUCUUGAUUUUGUCCACAGUUUGAUGUCUCUGCCCUCUUCCUAACUUAGCAAAUGUUGCUCCUGUCCAAGCUACUCUCUUCGCCACGUCCAUCUUUCAUCUCUCCAAUGUCACUUCUCAAAUAUGUGAGUCUCUCUACUCUUUCCAGCGCUUGACCAAUCUGUUCAUUUCUUCUUGAUCUCCAAUCUUCAUCCAUUUUGUUUUGGGUUUGCUAAGCUGAAUGGAUGCACAGAGUGGUGAGGACGGCGUGGAGAGAUGAAGAGACCCCAGAAGAUUGGAGAAAAAUGAUCCAUUGUACCGCUGCAGACGUCUGCUAGGCGUGCUUUAGUGCUUAGUGUUUUGGGACCUGACUGGUGGAGAACAUUCUUUGCUCUGUUUGUCCUUUUUGUUUCUUGAUUUUUUUUGUUAAUAAAUUUCCUAUUUUUUAAAGAU